UGUUUCGAGAAAUCACAGCGUGACAACACGGUCAACAAGAUGCAGAUGUUGAUCUUCCAGCGUCCACCAUGAUGGGAUAAAAGUUGGGAAUAGUCGAGGCUCCUAAGGUCGUCUCUUUGGGACAUUUCGUCACCACCGGUGAUUCGCAGACAUAGCAUGACGGACAUCAGCCCACCACGUGUCUCCAGCCAGACCAACCCUCUUUAUUGCAAACCUAAUCAGCUGACCAAUCCAUCCAUCCAAGGAGAAAGAGUCCAGUAUGAAGCAAAGGCAUUUACUAAGUGGAUCAAUAGUUACCUUCAACAGCUGUCACCCUCGGCAAGGAUAUCUGACCUACAAGAGGAUUUUGCAGACGGUGUCACACUGCUUCAUUUUGUCCAUCAAAUAUGUGAGUUUUCAUUCGAAGCACCUCCUUGCCUCCACAAAAGGCCUGCCCUGUACUUGCAUCGCCUGGAGAACACGGAAGCCUGUCUGUGUUUCCUGGAUAGACUAGGAGUGGAUGUAAGAGGGGCGCAUGCUGAAGAUGUUGCAAGGGGAAACCUCAAGAGCAUACUUGCUUUGUGCCGUGCAAUGUACAUCCGCUUUGAAGGUGACACGAUGGAGAACCAUCAUUGCCUGAGCUCUCUGUUGUCAUGGAAACAUAAAUCUCCAUCCUCAUCUUUCAAUGCUUCCCUUUCCUCUGAGUUCACAUGGCCACGGUUUCCAUGGAAACAAGGAGAAGAAAUGCUCCCCAGUGAUUACCAGAGCUUGCUGCCGGGGGAAGAUGAUUCAGAGGCUGGAUUGGAGACUACACACGAGAGUGGCAACUUCACUGUUUGGUACAAGGAGGAUAUGGCAGUGAUUGACUGGAUACGGAGACUACUGGGGCUGGAACUCAAAGAUUACUCAGAGUUUGCCGAUGGUAUUCUUCUGUGUGCCAUUGUGAAUCAACUAUGGGAGGGCAGCAUCACCCAAGAGGAGGUGGUGUACAGCACCUCUCUGGAGCGGCUGGAGAUUGCCACAGAGGCUGCGGAGCACUUCCUAGGGGUUCCCCAGACAGAGCUAGACCUCCAGGCAGUGGUCACAGGAUGGGGGAGGGAUGCGUUGCCAUGGUACCUGCUUGAGCUCAAAGCAGCAAGCGAGCGGAUGCUCCAGAAAUAUUUGGAGAUGGAGAAAGAAAAAAAGAGGAGCAGGGACGAGGAGGAGACAGUGAAUCGGAUGCGGCGACAUCUCAUCCGGCAACAUUCCAGAGAGAAAACUGCAGUCGCAUCUGCGAUCCAUUCCAUGACACGACCGACUGCUCAGAGAUCUGUGCCGGUCGUUAGAGGUGGUACACAGAGCCACAAGGGCACAGGUAGUUUCGCCGAAAUGAAAAGUAGUCCUUCAAGAGCAGCCAGCUCUUCUCGUAAAACAGACCCAACAGAGCAGAGGGUGUCUCACAUGACGUGGAAGGAUGCGAGGAAGAAUCGCAUCCCUGAUAUGUCACAGAAAACCAAACUGGUACAAAGCGAUCCGUAUCAACAGAGGUCGUCGAGUAAACCAUCUAUUCCUCGUUUUCAAGGGCACCAUCAAAAUAGCCCUGAUGAUGCUCCAGUGUCAUCCACAUUUCCCGAAGAUGAGACGUUGGGGGCAGUGGAGCAGUUGGAGACUAGCUUAGCCUCUCUGAUGCAGGACGAGGAGAUGAUAUCCCCCACGCACCAGCAAGGAAGACAAACUGCUCCCGAGGUGCCGCAGAUCUGCAGCGACACUCCCCCAGUUCCUCGGAAUCCCUACCCUUCCCCAGCUGCGCCUCCGAGAAGCGUCACAUCGGCCAAGCGUCUCCAGCAGCCCGAUGUUGCCACGUUCUUCUCGCCGUACUCCAUGCCAUUUGUCUCCAUUGCUACAAAGGUCUCGUCGGCCAGCAGAUUUUGCAACCCAUCCCAGAAUUCUGCCUCCAGCGUCUUCGGAGAUGAUAGCCUCACGAGGGGCAAACUGACCUCUUGGAGCGAUAAAGACGUGAGAGAGGGACAGAAUAAAGAUAGGCCGAGCAGAGAAGCAGAGUUGCCACUGAAACCUCCUGGGCACAUCAGCGCAACGAUGCUCGCUAGGUUGGCUGCUAGAUCACCAGCCGGGAUAGUUGGAGUGAGGUCUUCCGAUUCAGAUGAUGAGUAGCCAGGAGGUAAGCCAACCUGCAUCUGCAUUGCUAGAAGAGGCUUUCAGUUAGAGUUUCAUUUGUGUUUUUAGAGAGGCGAAGUCUUAAAACAGAUUUGAAAAUUUGUGACCAAAAAAGUCCUAUUGAACUGGAAAGGUGAAAUUCUAUAUAGUUUGUGUACUACGCAGCUACAAUCAUGGAUUCGUUUUCUUUGUGUAAGUCUCCAUUUUAACGUGACAGACUGCAAUUAUACAUGAAUAAUUUGUCCAACUCACUGUACGAGGCUUGUGGAUGCAUCAUGCGAGAAAUCUUGUUUGGAAGACGUGUGGCUCUGAAAAGAACCAGUCAGUCUUCAGGGCCGCACUUCUCCCAAAAGAGGUCUAUAGUUCGUUACAUGGUGCAUCAGCAAGCCUCAUACAGUUCAGCCGCCUGUCCAACUCACUGGCGGCUGAGAGUCGCUUGAAACCUAUCAAAUUACUGGACAUGCGAAAAAAAUGAUUCCAGAUGGCACUGUCAUCCUUGGUUGGGUCACGUUCAUUGUUAAGAGAAUCCUUGAUCGCGGCUGCAUAAUAAUAAGUAUUUUAAGUUUCUGAGUCGACUCCAGUCCUAGGUUUGGUUCCAUGGACCACCGGUGUACUGAGGCUGAUAUGUUAUUGGAGAUACAGCUGGUGUUUAGUGGCCAAAGAAGUCAAAUGCUCAAGCAAGAAACUUUCCUUUCCAAGCGUGAAAGCUGAUUUCCUCAUUGUUUUACCUUCCUACAUAAUUUAAAAUCACUGCAUAGUUUUCAAUGUCCUUGUUUCCCUGACUUUCCAACUGGAUGGCCAAAUACUACAGUACAAAGUGUUGUAUGACAUAAACCCUAAAAAAGGCUUAACCCUAACACUCCUCAGUCCUCCAACAGGUGAAGGAUUGAGGAGGGUUAGGGUUAAUCUUCUGAUUUCAAUAUGCCUUUACACACUCCCUGGGGAGUUAGGUUUAAGGUUUAAUCAGGGAAUAAAUAUGUACUUGGCCAGUCUUUAACCCUAACUCCCUAGGGUGUGUGCAAAAUCAUAUUGAAAUUGGAAGAUUCAGGACUGUUAGGGUUAAUGUUUAUUUGUACACUUGGUCAAAGACCAAAUCAAGACAAUGGAAGUUGAUGAUGACUGAGCCAAUUUGAAAGGCGAGAGGUAUCAACAAUAUCCAUUCUCCUGAGCCGGUCGAGACCAGCCAGGCACAUAUUUGUUCCUGUGCGUAAAUACCUUUUGAGUCACAAGUCAAAACAAGUUUUGAAAAUUAUAAAUUCCAACGAUUUUAUUCCACAAUUUCACUCCACUUUUUCAAGCAUCCCUCUAGCCAUGUUACAGUUUGUUCAUUUCUUGAGAAGUUGUGAUCAAUCUCCUUAAAUGGAUAGUAGCCCAUGUGUGCUGUACACUGCAUGAAGUGAUGCAUAUCCAGCCAGCACUUUAGCAACACCCAUUCUUAAUGUUCAUUAUCUGGUUUUGAUUAUAUGUCAGUGCCUUCAAAGGCUGAAGUAAAUCUGUAAAUUUUCCUUAAUAUUUUUACAAUCAUGGUGUUUACAAAUACUAUUUUCAAGUACCUUGAGGAUUUUUAACACCCACUUACAACAGUCUGUGCAACUUUUUGAUUGUUUUUUCUGUCAAAUUUAAUUACUGCUUUUGGAGGAUUC